AUGAACAACAUGAUGAUGCUGCAGCACACUGAAAUUAGAGCAUCAUUCGAAACAAGUACACAUGUCGUUGGUCAUGUUUUUAAGAAAACCUUAUACAAAAGGCUUCUGGGAAUGGUGUCAAGGUACGCUUUAAAUGAAAUUUCGGUUGAGUUUGAGUGCGUACGUCAUUUGAAAGACAAUCUGUCUUCUUGUGGGUGUGUCUUGAGAACCACGCUAGGUCUUCCUUAUGCAUGCGAGCUACAAAGGUAUGAUGGUGGCAGCAUCCCACUGGAUGCAGUCCAUAUGCACUGGAGGAGACUUGAUUUUUCAGACCAGGGGCUAUGUGAGGCCGAAGUGAGCAUCAAGGAAGAGAUUGAUAGAAUACAUAAAAGAUUCGAGGAACUUGAUGUUUGCGGGAAAGUUACUUUCAAGAGUAAACUCCGAGAAUUUGCGUUUCCCGAUGAGACCUCUAUGUGCCCUCCUCCAACAAAGGUUAAGACGAAAGGUGCCCCGAAAAAGGUAAUGAAAAGAAGCGAAAGAUCGACAAAGCGUGAUCCAUCUUAUUGGGAGUAUGUUGAUGCUUAUCAUUUGGUUCAAAACAGAAACACCUCAGUCAGACCCAGUGCAUCAUCUUUUAAACCACCGAAGCCAGCAAGGAUGAUCCCCAUGUUGGAUCAAUUUCCGCCAUUUAUGCAUGGUAUGGGAGAAGAGUGUUGGGCCAUGAUGCGUAACGAAUUGAUUAAAGAAAUUGGCAAAUGGUCGCAAGACUACACAAAGAUCUUUGGUGGCACAGAGAGAUAUGAACAACUGAGGUUGUCCCUACACGUGGAUGGGUUAUCCAAGGUUAGUAUGGACAAAUGGAUGGAUAUAACAGAUAUGGGAUAUGUAAUUGCGUCAUGA